ACAGCGGAACUUCCAAAGCAGCAAAUAGCAAAUAGAGAGCUGCUGCUUCAGCUCACUAGUGCUUCUGCAAAAGAGCGGCCAUUGUUGUGUAUUCAAACGGCCGUUAUCGUUGUUAGUAAAGACGAUGAUGUGGCUUGGAUCGAUUCGACGGCCGUUAUCGUCGUUGGUUCUACUGCAGUCGCGCGCACCGAAUUAUUCCUCAUUAUCAGCUUCAGCAGCUGCAGUAGAGGCGGAGAGAUGUAUAAGGGAAGGGCCUAGAAAUGACUGGAGCAGAGAUGAAAUCAAGUCUAUUUACGACUCCCCACUCCUCGAUCUCAUUUUUCAUGGCGCUCAAGUACAUAGACAUUCUCAUAACUUUAGAGAAGUACAACAGUGUACUUUGCUGUCUAUUAAGACAGGGGGAUGCAGUGAAGAUUGUUCAUAUUGUCCUCAAUCAUCUAGAUAUGAUACAGGACUGAAAGCACAAAAACUUAUGAAUGAGGAUGCCGUUCUUGAUGCAGCAAGAAAGGCAAAAGAGGCAGGAAGCACUCGUUUUUGUAUGGGUGCUGCAUGGAGGGAUACCAUAGGAAGGAAAACCAAUAUGAACCAGAUCACCAAGUAUGUGAAGGAAAUAAGGGACAUGGGAAUGGAGGUUUGCUGUACCUUGGGAAUGCUUGAGAAGCAGCAAGCUUUAGAGCUCAAGAAAGCAGGUCUUACAGCAUAUAAUCACAACCUUGACACCUCAAAAGAGUACUACCCUAAUAUUAUAACCACAAGAACUUACGAUGAGCGGCUGGAAACACUGAAGCAUGUACGUGAAGCAGGAAUUAAUGUGUGUUCAGGUGGAAUAAUAGGGCUUGGUGAGGCUGAAGAGGAUAGAAUUGGUUUGUUGCAUACCCUGGCAACUCUUCCGACUCACCCUGAGAGUGUCCCAAUUAAUGCACUUAUUGCAGUGAAAGGCACACCCCUGGAAGACCAGAAGCCAGUGGAAAUAUGGGAUAUGAUUCGGAUGAUUUCGACAGCGAGAAUAACAAUGCCAAGCGCAAUGGUUAGGCUUUCUGCCGGAAGAGUUCGGUUUUCUAUCCCUGAGCAGGCUCUGUGUUUCCUUGCUGGUGCAAAUUCCAUCUUUACAGGUGACAAGUUAUUGACUACACCCAACAAUGACUAUGAUGCUGAUCAAUAUAUGUUCAAAUUACUUGGACUUGUUCCUAAAGCUCCAAAUUUCUCGGAGGACGAAAAAGAUUCUGAAGAUGAAAAGUUGGAAGCAUCUGUCUAGUUCAGAGCUGAGAUAUCUGGUUGAUUUACCAAGGAUGUUUUACCUAAAUGUAUGACUUCUGUAAUACAAAACUUGUAAUGAAAUUUUACCAUGAAACUUAGCUUUUGUAAUACCAUGUUGAUGUUAUUUGCUAAUGGUCAUUUCUUACUAUGA